GCGACGGCUACAAUGGAGCCUCCUCGGGGCUUUGUGCGCGCCUGGAAUCCAGCUGUCGCCGCCCCUCGGAGCCCCCUGCCCCAGGGCGCACACUUCCGGGCCGCUGCCACCCGGAAAGCUUCGGCAGCCGCCACCCCGAGAGGCGACAACCGCUCCCUCCCAUUCCCCAGCCGUCCCCCCCACUUGCGCCCCGAAAUGCCGGUCGACUUCAACGGGUACUGGAAGAUGCUGAGCAACGAGAAUUUCGAGGAGUACUUACGCGCGCUGGAUGUCAAUGUGGCUUUGCGCAAAAUCGCCAAUUUGCUGAAGCCAGACAAAGAGAUUGUGCAAGACGGCGACCAUAUGAUCAUCCGCACGCUGAGCACUUUUAGGAACUACAUCAUGGACUUCCAAGUUGGGCAGGAGUUUGAGGAAGAUCUGACGGGCAUAGAUGACCGCAAGUGUAUGACCACAGUGAGCUGGGAAGGGGACAAGCUCCAGUGUGUGCAAAAGGGUGAGAAGGAAGGACGCGGUUGGACCCAGUGGAUUGAGGGUGACGAGCUGCACCUGGAGAUGAGAGCGCAGGGUGUGGUCUGCAAGCAAGUAUUCAAGAAGGUUCACUGAAACCCCCAGGUGACAGGCAGGCCCUGGGCUCCCGGAAUGAAUGCAUGGAUGUGUGGGCCAGGACCCCCAGAGUACAGCAUGGGACAGAAAGUCCAGCACCCUCCAACUUCCCCACCCCCUUCUAGGCACCUGUGAGCAGUAUGCCUCAGCUUUUUCUCUUUCUCUUCUUAAAAACCAUUCCAAUAAAAACAACCUCCACUUAAGACCUGUGUUUUGCAGAAGUUUCAAAACCCCUUGGCUCCCUUUUUUACUGGAGCUUCCAGAUUCAUUUUUUCUCGAUGCCACCCCUGGGAACAGGGAAAAAGUCAGCCACACUCCUACAGAUUUGGUCCUGAGGUUGUACCACUAGGUCUUUCCUCAGAGGCAUAGGGUUGAAUCCUGCAUAUGUGGACUGGCAUCAAUUGGCUGUGUAUUAAGGACCAACCACAUCACAUGUCAUUCAGGGUCAAAGUUUCUGGAGUGUCACAGACCACAAAUGCAGGAGAGGAUAACCUCUGCCCUGGGAACUUGCAGCCUAGUUAAAGGGACCCAACUAACAGAGAUCUCUAACUCUGUAGUGCACAGCUAGGAGACACCCUAUAAUUUAUUUGUGAAUGAAAGAGAACUAGAUAGAAUUUUAAGCCCAAUGUUAGAAUGAGAUGAGCCUUAUCAAAGGCAAUUACCAACUGGAUUUGAUUUCAAAGAAGUCAGAAAGACAUGCUUCACUACGCCAGCUCAUCUAUCAGCUGAUAUAACAGCCUGCCUUCUCACUGGUAAGAGAUGAGGCAUAACUUGCAAAUCCUCCUAGAAGAGGGAGAACAUCCUGUUCAUACUAAACUGUAAGUGAUUGCCCACUGUGCCUUUGCAUUGAAGGAACACGGGGAAACCACAGAGUGAGGAAAGGAGGUGAGAGAUCACAGAUAUGGGAAAGCCACUGGAACAGGGAAGACUCACAUCAAGACCCCAAAUGAACAUCAAGACUGCCUGGGCUGCAUCCUGCCUUUUGGAAAGAGCCCUAGUCUUACAAGUAGAGUUUGAGUCCCAACUCAACCACUUACAGGACAACACCGACCCCACCCUAACCUGACCUCAUUUUUCCAAUCAUAGGCCACAAUAAUCCACUUCACCUCCCACACAGGUAAGUUGUGAAGCUUGUAGUGUAUAUUAAGCUUGUUGAGUGCCAAAUGCCAGUUAGUGGCUGGUCUCCAGACCAAUGACCCCAGCAUAUCUCACAGUGGGGCCCAAGCAUACGUAUUGUUAUAAAACCCCCAGGUGAUUCUGGUAAGCCACUGGAGUUGAGACUCACUCUCUAGAAACACUGGUUCUAGGAAAUAUUUCCCAGAAGUUAUUCAGCCCCACCCAGGGGAAUUUGGCAAGUUCUGGAGACAAACUUAAUUUCACAAUUUGGGAGGGAGGCACUACUGGCAUCUCUUGAGCAGCGUCCAAGUAUCUGCCAGAUAUCCUGCAAUGCACAGGAUAGUUCCCCACAGCAAAGGAUUAUCCAGCACUGUGUGUCAGCAGCGACAAGAGCAAGAAACCUGCCCUAGAUAAGUAUGAGAAAUAUUUGAUAUCUUUUAUUAUCCAGGUCAUUUCCCCAGCUAAACCAAGGAAAUAAAAGCCCAGACUUGCCAAAGACUGCAGCAAUCCCUUUGCUUUUGCCACUCUGGUCUCUGUUCUGGGAAUAGAAAAAUCCAAGGUGAAGAUUCUUGUGAUGACCAUCCAUUCAUUCAUUACACAAAUGCUUAAGAAGGCCUUAUGUAUGCCAGGCACUGAGCUAGUAUCCUAUCUGCUGGGCACCUAGGAGUUACCAUCCCAUUUCAGGUAUUGAAACUCCCAUCAGACUUCUUUCUCCAUUACUCACCCAACAUUUAGGUUCUCAGGGGGAAGUUCAAAGGUGUAGCAUCAUUGGUGUGAGUGCAUGUCAUAUAGGAGGGAAGCCCCACUCUUGGGAGCCUUUGCCCUGUGGGGAGAUUCAGGACCUAUUUCAGUGGACAAUGGGAGCCACAGAAAACUUUGAGCAGGGGAGUGGCAUCAUCAGUCUCUCAGCAAAACUAUUCUGGCAACAACUGUCUCUAGAAAGAAGAGGAAAGAGUGAGCAGGAGCUUUGCACAGAGUGGUCACAUUGAAUGCAAACUUCACUUCAAAUGAGACAUAUUCCCCAAAACCCGUGAAGUGAGAGGCAUGCUUCUUAUGCAUAAUCUCCAGCCACAGAAGCAGCUGUAACUUCAGUGCUGCUUUCCAUUUUCUCAUCUUGUGCCAGGGGGAUUAGCAAGCACCACCUCCAAUCCUUGGCAGAGGGCCUGCUCCUAGAUUGGCAGCAGCCUGUGUGAUGGUGCUUGUUCCGUCUUCUCAGUGGUUCUUUAGCUCCUCUCACUUCCAGCCCAAAGCUAUCUACGUGAGGCCCAUUUUUGGAACAUUACCACAAGCCUUGCCACUUAACCAAUAUUCAAAUGCCUUGUUGUAGGAGAUAAGGAAGAUUUACAUUCUAAUAGCAGCAGGCACUAGGACUGGGAUCACUUACUGAAUUUCCAAGCAGGGCACAAGCACUCUGAUGCCCUAAGACUGACACAGGAUAGGUGUGCAUUUACCAGCCCUCCUGGUAUCACCAGGCUGUGGAAGACAUGUCAUAUACCUCACAAUUUCUUGGGCCUGUCAACUUGGAAAAUUUUUCUCCACAUUUUUGAACCGGAGGGUUACAAUAUUUCAAAAGAUGCUCUAUGUGAUAAUUUACUAAUAUGUUUACAUCACACAACUUCAAAUUGUCAUUAGAAGUAACUGAGGCAGGAGGUGCUGAGGCAAAGGUGGGCUCUCACUGAGGAGAGGCAGCAGGGUGAGGCCUCUGAGUGUUAAAGCUCUGGAGCCACAUGGGCUGGAUUCAAAUCCCAACUCUGCUGUUUCUUCACUCGAUGAGAUUAAAGCAAGUUAUACAAUCUCUCUGUGCCUCCGUUUGCUCAUCUAUAAAUUAGAACUCACAAUUCCUCAUAGAGUUUUUGUGAGGACUAAUCUAAUACAUAUAAAUAACUUAGAAUAUAUUGGGGCCUCCCUGGUGGUGCCAAGGGUUAAGACACAGUACUUCAAUCCCUGGCUAGGGAGGUGACCCACAUGGCACUGCAGACCUCUCUUGACUCCCCUCAGCAGUGUAUUUCAGUCAAUCCACCUGUUCUGUUCCCCACUUUGUCUCUGGUGAGUCCUCUCACCGCCCCCCCCCACACACCUCUGGCCUGUACCCCAGUUCUUAUAUGCAUAAAUAAAUAAAUCUUUUUAAA